AUGUCCACUUCCAUAUCUCCCUCUUUCAUACACUAUCUCCUCUCAGCCGCUGGCCUCGCCGCGCUCGUAUCCUUACUAGCGAGAUUCAACGAGCCAGGCUCGUGGGUCAGGUUUGAGCAGGCGGGCUUUCAGUUCUUUCUUGUGAAGAAUAAGCAGGGACAGAUCAAUGGAUUUCACAAUAUUUGCAGACAUCGGGCUUUUCCUAUCAUGACGGAAGAUAAGGGAAAGUCAAGUAUUCUCUCUUGCAAAAGCCAUGGGUGGUCGUAUGGUCUCAAUGGUCAACUUGCGAAAGCUCCAGGAUAUGAUGACAUGAAAGGCUUUGACAAGACCAACAACGGUCUUCUGCCUGUUGAUGCCAAGGGCUUCAUCUGGAUCAAUCUCGACUCUUCAAACACACCUGAGGACUUCGCAACCGAGUUCAAGAACAUUGAUCAGAUGGCACGACAUAAGGGCUUCAAUUUUGAGGACUAUCGUUUUGAUCAUACUUGGGGCAUGAGCGGUGACUACAAUUGGAAGACUUUGGCUGAUAACUACAACGAAUGUUAUCACUGCAAAACCGCACAUCCAGAUGCAGCUGAUGUCGCUGAUCUAUCGGCUUACCGAGUCGAUACCAAGGGCGGUAACAUCGAGCACUUUGCCAACACGAAACCUGAGAUGGAAGAACAAGGUCUCAGGAUCGUGAGCAACUAUUACUUCCCCAACGCUUGCAUGACAGUCUCUCCCAACUUCUUCUACAUGAUGCGAUGCGUUCCUAAUUCACCCGGCCAUUGCUCUAUGGAAUACGAGGUGUAUCGACACAAGAACGCCACUGAUGAGGGUUUCCAGACUAUUGACGCGAUGUUCAAGAGGAUCUUAGCGGAGGAUAAAUGGCUCUGCAAAAAUGCACAGAAGAAUCUUAACGCUGGUGUGUUUGUGAAUGGUGAAAUGCAUCCUAAGAUGGAGCAAGGUCCUCUAUACUUUCAGCAUCGCGUUAGAGGUAUCUUGAAUGGCCAUUAUCAGUUGGAAAAGGCAGCUGGAAAGGAGAUCAAUCCAGCGCAGCAUGUUCCGUCUGAUACUUCUCGUGGGACGGAGAGUGAUAUGGGCUUUUGCUCUGGUUUGGCUUGUGGGAGAGAUGCUGAACAGCUAGCUUGGUAG